AUGACUUAUGUUCCCAGUAUUUAUUUCACAGGCAAAUCAAAUUCUUUCCCACAAAUUGAAGACAUCAUAUGCCCUGAGUUGGAUAGUAAAUCUUGGUUCAGACUUGGCAUUAAUCUGGGAUUUGACCACGAUAAACUCACAAAACUACAGCAGCUAUACAAAAACGAUGUUCCCCUUUGUUCCAAGCGCUUGAUACAAAUGUGGAAACAAACAGUUGUCAAACACACAAUUAAAAUUAUCUCCCUUUUGUACCAGAGUCUUCAAUCUACUGGGCUUGGCGAUCAUGCUGAACGUCUACGACAACAAACAAAAGAAGAAUAUGAGGCAUCAAACCAAGAAGAAAUUUGGGAAGGUUUAAUUCAAGACCUCAAUAAAGUUUCUUUUUCGGAUACAGAUGAAGAAGAUAUCCAAGAUAAAGGACGGUCAAUCAUUAUCAAGAAUUGUAGUGGAGUUGCUGUUGGUAAAAACUAUAUCAUUUCGACUUCCCAGGCAAACCAGGAAUUGGAAAAAAGUAAAGGCGAUGUUUCAAAGCAGCACAUCAUUUUAGCUGGCAUGUUAACGAGCAUUUUGAAUCCGAACAAUGGUGAAGAAUCUAAAGAAAUGGUUUUGCAAAAAUUUGAAUCUGCAUUCACUAAACUUUAUGGCACAAGAAGAAAAGAGAAAAAAAACAUUCUUUGAAAUUUCUGGCGUUAAAAUGAAGACAUUUUUGAAAAACAAUUCCGGAAAAUUUGUUUUAAGAACGGAUAAAAGACAAGGGAUAUGCUAUGUUUCGUGCAUUGAUGUAACAGAUAGGUGCGAAAGUGUUUUUGACACUUCGUCUUUGCCAAU